GCGCGGGCGGGACCUCCCCUCAGACCGGCGGAACGGGGAGAGGCGGGAGCGGGAGCGCGGUCGGCGGGGAGCGUGGGGGACACCGCCGCCACCUCAGGGCGCCAUGUUGGCGGCGGCGGGUCGGGGGCUGCGCGGGGCUCGCCUCAGUUCCUGGCUGCCCCAGGCAGCCCCCAGCCGAGGCAGUCACUGGCAGACAUCGCUGCUGACGGCCCGGGCGUCUCUCCCCGCCAGAGCACAACCGAAGAAGAAGAAGAAAGUGGAUGUAAAGAAAGAGCAAGCACAGAAGGAUCGUAUGAAAAAGAAGAUUAGAAAGUUGGAAAAAGCUGCCCCAGAAAUGAUUCCAAUUGAGGAUUUUAUAACCCCGCUUAAGUACUCGGAUAGCAACAGGGUGCGAAGUCUUCCCCCUCUGUCAUUUGAGGAGACCGAAAGAAGAGUGUUACUUAUGAAAAAGUGGUGUUUGUUCAAGCAGAACCAAGAUAAGGCAGAAAAGGCAGCAAUCCAGGCCCUUGUAGAGGCUCAGCAAGAAGCACUGAAGGAAUUGCGCCUUGAGUCGGAGGAGCUGUACCAGGCAGCCAUCAGACGAGAUGAGGGGCUUUUCCCCUUUGAGAGGGAUGGACCUGAUUAUACGCCCCCGCUGCCGGGUUACGACCCUCCGGAAGGGAAGUGCGUUGAUAUCACCAAAGUAUAUACGCAGUGAGGGAGGAGUUUGUUGUUUGUCGGGCAUGAGCUACUCCGCUGACUGAGGGAGGAAAGCGUGUAAUAAGGAUAAACGAUUCCUUCUGCAGGUUAAAAUACUGUAAGAGUGUGACUGUAAAAACAUAAUAUUGAAGUA